GUAACACUAAAAUCGAACUUUUACAUCCAUAUGGUGAUAAAUCGCCAAUACAAAAUUUUUUAGAUAGAAAUAAAAAUGGGGGAAUUCACCAUGUUUGUAUUGAGGUUGAUGACGUUGCAGCAGCCAUAAAAGAUUUAACAUCAAAAGGCAUUAGACCUAUAGAUCCUGAACCGAAAAUUGGUGCACAUGGCAAUCCAGUUGUUUUCUUGCAUCCAAAAGAUUGCUUUGGAGUUUUGAUUGAAUUAGAAGAAAUUAAAAAAUCUUA